CGGGCUCUAGGAAACUUGCACACUCAUAGUUAAUAAGCUCCUUUGGACUGAAAUUUUCACGAAAAAUUUGUUGGUUCUACCACGAUUUGCGCUGCUUUGUGUAAAUUUCACUCUUUGAAUACUUUUAGAAUUAAGAAACCUCGUGGCCUUGAUACUUAAUAUCAAGAAUCAUUUGAAGAAUUGAUAAUGUUUCUCACAAGAUCAGAGUACGACAGAGGUGUCAACACCUUUUCACCAGAGGGUCGUCUCUUUCAAGUGGAAUAUGCAAUAGAAGCCAUAAAACUUGGAUCAACUGCUAUUGGGAUACAGACAUCAGAGGGUGUUGUGCUUGCUGUGGAAAAACGGAUCACCUCCCCACUAAUGGAACCAACCAGUGUUGAAAAAAUUGUGGAAAUUGACAGUCAUAUAGGUUGUGCUAUGAGUGGGCUAAUUGCUGAUUCCCGAACAAUGGUGGACAAAGCAAGAGUGGAAGCACAGAAUCACUGGUUCACUUAUAAUGAGAAGAUGAGUGUGGAAAGUGUCACACAAGCUGUAUCAAACCUUGCACUUGAGUUUGGAGAUGACGAUGCCAGAGAAGGAGCAAUGAGUCGUCCAUUUGGUGUAGCUUUGCUAUUUGGAGGAGUAGAUGCCAAAGGCCCUCAACUUUAUCACUUGGACCCCUCUGGGACAUUUUUCCAAUAUGAUGCAAAAGCCAUAGGUUCUGGGUCAGAAGGAGCACAACAAGCUCUAGAAGAAGUUUAUGACAAGUCCAUGACACUGAGAGGAGCUUGUAAAUCAGCUCUAACAAUACUCAAACAAGUUAUGGAGGAAAAACUCAAUGCUACAAAUGUAGAGCUUGGAACCUCAACACCAGACAGAAAAUUCCGGAUGUUUACUAAAGAGGAGAUUGAGACACUUGUACAAGAAAUAAAAUAACUGCAACUUCAAGCCAAUGAAAAAUUACUUUGUUUAGGUCACCCAGUACUCUCUGGCACUUAGUGUUUGUUCAUAAUAAAGUGGAUUGGUGUUAAUAUAAA